AAAAUAAUAACCCCGCUCUUUUUCUCUCUGUCUCAACAAAAAAAAUCUUUACAGCGAAAUAAAAAAAUCGAAAAUUUCAAGAUCAAUCUCUGAUUUUUAGAAUCAAAAGAAGAUGCAAGAACAAGUUGCAACUACAAACUCUCUUGCUUCUAGUAGUGAAAGAUCUUCUAGUUCUGCGUUUCAUCUCGAAAUCAAAGACGGUGUAGAGAGUGAUGAGGAGAUAAGGAGAGUUCCAGAAAUGGGAAGUGAAGAACCAGGUCCAUCAAUAUCAGGUAGAGGAGAAGGAGGUGGCGGUGGUGGAGGAGGAGAAGCCGGUCCAGACAGGGUUCAAGCAUCAACAUCAGUUGGUAGUACUCAAAGAAAAAGAGGAAGAAGUCCAGCUGAUAAAGAAAACAAAAGGCUAAAAAGGUUGCUGAGGAAUAGGGUAUCAGCUCAACAAGCAAGAGAAAGAAAGAAGGCUUACUUGACAGAUUUAGAAGUGAAAGUGAAAGAAUUAGAGAAGAAGAAUGGGGAACUUGAAGAGAGACUCUCAACUUUGCAAAAUGAGAAUCAGAUGCUUAGACAUAUAUUGAAGAACACAACUGCAAAUCGGAGAGGAGGAAAUAGCAGUGGCAAUGCAGAUUGAUCUUUGUAAUUGUUAUUAGAUAUAUCUAGAAGAUUAGAAAGAGUAGGAGCAAUUUUUCUUUCUUUCUUUUUUAGUUUGUAUUUUAAAAGAGGAUUGAUUUAUAUGGAGUUGUGAAAAAAUGUGUUUCGUUUUUGCAUAGGAAUUCUUCAAUAAAACCACCAUAGUUGGUCCAGUUUGUGACUUUGUUAUUCUCAAGUUCUAUAAUUCCAACAAAUCUGGUUUUGCUCGGUUAA